UUAGAUGAACGCUCAGUCAUGCACGCUCCAACAAAAAUCGGAUAAAUGAUCGAUCACAGGACACACUCGGUGCUUUACUGCCCGUUUGCUCUAAAGAAAACACCAGCCGUCGUAACGCACUUUACGCACACAAUAAGCAGUAUUUUGGAGAUUCCGAUAGUGCGGGGCGCUACUUUGCAAUCACCCACUGGAAUGUAUGGGAUGGUCUGAUGGUUCGGGUAAAGCCGAGUUACACGGAAAGGUGAUAGAGGUAGACUACUCUGUGCCCAAAAAACUAAGGUGUCGGAAGAUCCAGAUCCGGAACAUUCCCCCUCAUCUACAGUGGGAGGUGUUGGACGGCCUUCUUGCUCAGUAUGGUACUGUAGAAAACGUGGAACAAGUGAACACUGACACUGAAACAGCAGUGGUGAAUGUUACGUACGCAACCAAGGAGGAAGCUAAAGCAGCCUUUGACAAGUUGACAGGACACCAGUUUGACGACUACUGCUUCACUGUGUCUUAUAUGAUGGACACGGACGCUGCUCCGCCCGUCCAGACGCCCCGGACGCGGCGCGGGGGCCGAUCUUCCCGGGACCAGGGCGGCUGCCUGUCCAGGGGGUCGGGGGGCUUCGGCUCGCCCCACCCCAGACAGCUCGACUUCCCCCUGCGCAUACUGGCGCCCACUCAGUUCGUGGGAGCCAUCAUCGGCAAGGAAGGCCUCACCAUCAAGAACGUCACCAAGCAGACGCAGUCCAAGGUGGAUAUCCAUCGGAAGGAAAAUGCCGGCGCAGCAGAAAAACCGAUCAGCAUCCACUCGACGCCGGAGGGCUGCUCCGCCGCCUGCCGCAUGAUCCUGGACAUCAUGCACAAGGAGGCCAACGAGACCAACGUGAUGGAGGACAUCCCGCUCAAAAUCCUGGCCAACAACAGCCUGGUGGGUCGCCUGAUCGGCAAAGAGGGCCGCAAUCUGAAGAAGAUCGAGGAGGAGACAGGGGCCAAGAUAAUGAUCUCCUCGUUAAACGAAGUUACCUAUUGCAACCUUGAGAGGAUCAUCACAGUCAUGGGGGACUUUGAGGCAAUUUUAAAGGCCGAGGUGGAAAUCACGAAGAAACUGAGGGAAGCCCACGAAAAUGACAUCGCUGCUUGCAACCAACAGGCCAACCUCAUCCCGGGCUUGAACCUGAACGCUCUGGGCAUCUUCAGCUCCGGGCUGCCCGUGCUGCCCCCCGCUGCUGGACCACGGUGCUCAGUCCCCCCUGUGGCAUCGGCAGGAUACAACCCAUUCUUAAGUCACUCUCCACAUCUCAGUGGCCUGUACGGGGUUUCUCCAGCAAGUGCCAUCCCCUACCAGCUCUCACACCAGGCUCCUGAACAGGAGGUCGCCUACCUCUUUAUUCCAACUCAGGCCGUCGGAGCCCUGAUCGGCAAGAAGGGACAGCACAUCAAGCAGCUGGCCCAGUACGCCUCGGCCUCCAUCAAGAUCGCCCCUCCUGACAGCCCAGAUGUCACUGAGAGGAUGGUUAUCAUUACCGGAAGCGCCGAGUCUCAGUUUAAGGCCCAGGGCCGGAUAUUCGGGCUGCUGAAAGAGGAGAACUUCUUCUCGGCGAAGGAGGAGGUCAAGCUGGAGACGCACAUCAAGGUUCCCUCGACUGCAGCCGGCAGGGUCAUCGGUAAAGGGGGCAAGACGGUAAAUGAGCUGCAGAACUUAACCAGCGCAGAGGUCAUCGUACCGCGGGACCAAACACCAGACGAGAACGACGAGGUCUUCGUGAAAAUCACUGGGCAUUUCUUCGCCAGCCAGACUGCGCAGAGGAAGAUCCGGGAGAUCAUCCAGCAGGUCAAACAGCAGGAACAGAAGCACCAGCAGAGCGCCUCCGCGUCCCCGCACCACUCCAAGUGACCUAUAGCGAAGGCGGCUCCAGUGGGCAACCAGCCAAUGAAUGUAGCCCUCCCGAAACGGACAGAGACCUACCCAGACUUAAGUCCGAGGCCGAGGGGGGACGCGCAGGGCCGACCAGCAGCGCCGGGAUCAAAAAAAAAACAAAAAAACAAAAAAAAAACCAAAGAACUUCGCCAGGGGGAGAGACGAGUGAGAGCCAAAGGCUGAGGGCAUCGUGUGCACUGCCAGCCCCGCGAGAGCAGACGGAGCGAGACAAACUGCGUACUGACACAAUUAAACAACAAAAAGACCAAAAAAAAAAAGUAAAAUUGAGAAGAAAGAUGGAAAUUCGGGAACUGUUUUCUUCAGUUUAAAAAAAAAGACAGAAGGUAAAAGAGGAAAUAGUGUGUCGCC